AUGCCUCCCAGGGUGACUGGAAUUUUAUUUAAUCUGGAUGUCAAGGCGCGUGUGGGUAUAUACACCUCUUUUAUCCAUCGGAUCUUACACUCGAGCCUGGGCCUCAGUCUAAUUCAGAGGCCGAUGUUGCCUGGUUGGCCAACUCGGGUCAAGGCAUCCUGUUCUGAGGUUGGCACACCUACUCAGCACUACGGCAAGGCUACCCGAGUUGCCAGAUGCCCGUUGCCAGCUCCAGAGCCAGAAGUAACGCUUCCGAGAGUUUUCGCCCUCAUCUCGCCCCAUAUUGGACACAGAGAAAUUCGGCUUGAGGACACAUCCAGGCCGAGUCAACGACAAGAGCAAGUGUUGGGAUGGCUCAUCUCAACGACUAGCAGACCCUUAGACCCGGCGAGAAAGACAAUCACCAGCCAGACCCAGUCAAGGUCAAGCUUGUGCAGUCUCUGGUCGAUAACUGUGUUGGCCAAAUUGCCACAAGUCAGUUUUUGUUCCCACUCUGCCGAUAAGACAUCGGUUAUCGUGAGGUUUCAAGAUAAAGUUUGUGGAACAAGCAGUGUCGGACUUCUUUCCUCCUCGUGUGGCUUGUUGAAAACUUUUCAGAGGGGUCAAAACGCAUUCUCGAAUGAAUGUGGACGCUCUGGAAGACGCAAUACGGCCGUCUACUUCGGCUAUCUGUUUGCCAAACGCAAGAUGAGCACCAGGUUGAACAACUUCCGUAGUCUGGUGAUUGCUGCAAUUGAUGAUAAAGACAAUGACUCAAUGCAAAAGUAA